UGGGACACCCGCUUAUAUUGUCUUGCCUGACUCUGAAGUAGGCUGGUGCAGCGGAGGGUGGACAGGAAGGCACCUGUCCAGCUGGUGCAGCGGAGCAGGGACAGGAAGGCACCUCUCCUGCGCAGUGCAUAUCCCCCGCUUGCCGCAUCACGCCAUCACUGACCGUGAGACUCAACACUCAUCUGAGCUGCGGUCAGGUGUCUGUGCUGGACGCAACUCGUGUAUAAUGGCGUCUGAUGUAACAGAGGCGAGAGUAGGGUGCUGACACCGGGUCACCAGUAUGAGAUCACAAGGCCUAAUUGGUACAAUUUUCAACAUUUUGGAGACUCUACUCAAUAUAUUACUGGUGUGUGGUGUAUGCAGCUGCUGGAGAAAGCCUGAAUCAAGUCAGAUGCAUCUAAUAGGUUCCUAUAACUUCACUGAAACCCGUCACGGUGUAUAUGAGUUUGUUAGCAAGCCUACGGCUCAUCAGCAAGCUGACAAAUACUGUAAGUACAAGUUUGCAUCUCUGCUCUCUGAUACAAGAGGAAUCCAGAAACUGAACAGAAAUUUGAUACAGUACCCAAUUUGGCUUAAUGAGGAAACCACUAAACCAAAGAUCCAGCCACUCACUGUUUUGGUUUUUGAGAACAGAACGGACACUAAACAUGCAAAAUUAAUGACACACUUCACAUCAAUGCCAGAAAUUACAGUUUGCGCACAUAUCCAAUGGGAAAAUACAAAUAAAGACUUUACAACAGUCUUUUCUUAUGCUGUGCCAAAAUGUAAUAAUGAAUUUCAGCUGCGGGGAAUGAUCGAUGAUGAUGGUUUUGUCAGGUUUGCCAUUAUAGUUCACGGCCAGCAUUCACGCUACUCUCCCGUGUUUCCCAAUGAUGGACAAUGGCAUCAUGUCUGUGUAACCUGGCAAAAAUGGAACAGAACCAUGGCUCUCUAUGCUGAUGGCGAAUGGAAAGACUCCUCAAAACUAUCUGCAUCAGAAGAUAUUAUUAAGGAGGGUAUCUUUAUUAUUGGGCAAGAUCAGGACUCCUAUGGAGGUACAUUCAAAGAGAAGGAGUCAUUUAGUGGUAAUAUCACAAACUUGAACAUGUGGGUAAAAGUUCUCAGCCAAGACCAGAUAAAACGAGUUGCAAUGUGCAGUACACUGGAAAGGGAUGUUGCGUUUAGAUGGGGGACCUACCAUCUGGAAAUUGAGCCGACGGUGAAAAGACUAAAGAUGGAUUCUGUUUGUUCAGGCCAUACUGAAAAAUGCCGAGUUCUGCAAAACAGCGAUGGCGGCACAAACUACACAAGUUGCACAGCUGAAUUACCAUUUGUUUGCUACUACACACAAGAGGUUUAUCAGAAAUUGAAAAACACCAACACAAUGAAUCGAGAUCGAACAUUUUCUAACAGAGUCAACAUGAUGGCAAAUCGUACUUUGAUUUCUGAAAACCCUCUUACUAGCGACUUCAACCAGCUUAGCCCAUCGGAGGCUUUGGCAUGCCUGGAGGCCUUUGAGAAAGGGCUAGCGAUGGAGGAAAGCCCUGUAGACUCUGUAGAUGUUCUCGGUGUCAUCCAGUUUCUUAAGGAAGUGGCGGAUAUGGAUUUAAACAACAGCAGUGAGACCUUAGAAGAACUGGGUCAGCAUUUUGUACACGUCACAGGAGAGCUCCUUGAACAACAUGAUCCAGACUUGUGGUCUGAAGUUAAUCCGAUCAUCAAAGGACCUAUGACAAUCAUUCAGACAGUGGAGAAAAUGGCUUCUAACCUUGUCCAGCUUCUGUCUGAUGAGAGAGAGGAAAUCUUCAUCCAUCACAAGAACAUUGAAAUUGGUGUCAGUCAAGUGGAUUUAAAUGAUGACAGACACAUUUACAAAGUGCAGAGUACUGAAAGGGUGGAUGAAAUUGAAGUUCCUGGUACUGACCUCAAGAGACUUAUGCAGGAAGGUCUCACAGAAGUCGCUGUGGUGAACACGUGGUUCAGUUCGAACUCCUUUGAGCACUUAUUUGGUGGCCGCAAUCAGAACUUUGUACAUGGAGAGGCAGCCAUUUCAGAUGGAGGAUACAAUAGGUACGUGGGCACAUACCUGGGAUCAGCUGUUAUAUCUUCUACCAUAUUAGUUGGAGAGAAAGAGAUCAGUACAUCUGUUCAAUAUUAUCUGUGGCACAAGAAUGAUAUACCACGUCACUCAGACAAGCUUCAUCACAUUCCUGUCUGUGCCUUUUGGGAUUUCAGCAUCAGGCCAGAGAAUGGAGGCAGUUGGUCUACCGCUGGAUGUUACAUUAAGAAUAACCUAAAUGAUGCAACCGUUUGCUUCUGUAAUCACACCACCACUUUUGCUGUCCUAUUGCAAGUUUAUGAUGUCCAGAGAACUAUGGAAGAAGAGUGGAUUCUGAGAACCUUGACGUUUAUCGGCUGUGGAGUAUCACUGUGCGCACUUUCUGUAACUUUUAUUCUCUUUCUUGUUGUUGGUGUUCCCAAAUCAGAGAGGACAACUGUCCACAAGAACCUAAUAUUUGCUCUGGCUGCGGCUGAGGCUUUGCUCAUGUUCAGCGAGAUGGCUAAACCAAAUGAGGUUGUCUGCAUCACAGUCACAGCUUGUCUCCAUCUCUUCUUCAUGGCGGCCUUUGCAUGGAUGUUGGUGGAAGGCUUACUGCUGUGGAGCAAAGUUGUUGCAGUCAACAUGAGCGAGGAUAGAAGGAUGAAAUUUUAUUACAUUACUGGAUGGGGUCUGCCAAUCAUUGUUGUAAGCGUGACCUUGGCAACCUCAUUUAAUAAUUACGUAGCAGAUGGUCACUGUUGGCUGAAUGUUCAAACUGACAUAAUCUGGGCAUUUGUUGGGCCUGUUCUCUUCAUACUAACGGUAAAUACAUUUGUCCUUUUCCGAGUGGUGAUGGUCACAAUUUCUAGCGCCCGCAGACGCUCCAAGAUGCUGACACCCAACUGCAGCAUAGAAAAGCAGAUUGGCAUACAGGUCUGGGCCACUGCGAAACCUAUCAUCGUUCUUCUCCCCGUCCUGGGGCUGACCUGGCUGUGUGGUAUUUUGGUGCACUUAAGUGUAAUCUGGGCAUACACUUUCAUUUUUCUAAAUGCGUUCCAGGGUCUUUAUAUUUUCUUAAUCUAUGCCAUUUAUAACACAGAGGUGAGAAGUGCCAUUCAGAGGAUGAAAGAGAAGAAAAAGGCUCUUUCAUUUACGAACUGCUCUCAACCAACAAACUACUUAUCAAGCCCGAGGAAUACUACAUGGGACGUUAAUAAACCAAGUCUCACCCCACCUAAAAGUAAUUUCUCAGAAGCACCUUUGAAGAACGCCAUUAACAAGGGAAACGUAGUUGUCAAACACCCUGUAAAUAUAUAUUCCAUAUUUCCAACGGACAACACAGCUGUAGAACUCACCUCUUUCAAAACAUCAGGUUGCUGAAUCAUUCCAAAGGGUAGAUACCUGGGCUUGCAUCAACCAUGGAUUUGACGGAAAAGCCACUGUAUGAUAAAUGGACUUUGGGUAUAAUAAAGAACACCUCUGUGUUAUUACAGUAUACUAACGUGAAGCUGUCACUUACUUAUGAUAUUGUGGAGUAGAUAUCCAGAGAAUCCUUUUCAUCAAUCACCACGGAUAAGUGAAAAUAAUGGAUACAACAAUGGACAUGCCUUUUUGUACCAAGUCCCAUUAGUCACACAUCGUGAGAAUUGGAGUGGGUGUAGUCAAUACGGAAUGUUCUGGUACAUACUUCCCAUGCGGAGAUGUCCCAAAUUAAAUAAUACUACAUUUAUACACUCUCGUUAUUAUGGGAAUAAUCACACUUAUGGGCUCAUACAAUGGAUUUCCAACUCUAAUUAGACAAUCCAUUCAGAAAUCAUCACACAAGGAUACUACAGUAAUACUGUAAGUUAUGCUAAACAAAAGGGUGUUUUUUUUAAGGAAUGUGUAGGAAGAUGUAAUGUCCGCCAUCUGCUGUCUUGCCAGAUAAUGAAGUAACUGACCACUUACGUUUUGCUAGAAGACAACUUGUCCUCUACAUUUUCCUUUGAAAAAAAUAUUGCCUUGGCUACUAGCUUAACUAGAGCAUGGUAUAAAAUUAACAUAUGUUUGUAUAUUAUUCAUCAAAGUUAAAAUACAAACAUAUUAUUUAUUCCAUCAUAAAGGUAUUCAUGCUGUAGUUUUGACCUCGCUGUUAACUGAUAUUGAAUGAUUUGAAAAGUUUGUACUUGUUCAUUGUAUGCACUGUAAUGCUAAUGCACUGUAUCAACUUGAUUUGCGUCCCUCUUCGAAAUCUCAAACUGACUGGUUCAAGUCAGUGAAUAAAUUACCACAUUACCAGGCA